CCGAUGAGGGCAAGAUGUACGGAAGGAACGAGCUCAUUGCCCGAUACAUCAAACUACGAACGGGAAAGACCCGCACCAGGAAGCAGGUCUCCAGUCACAUCCAGGUGCUAGCACGGCGCAAGGCCAGGGAGAUCCAGGUUAAACUAAAGGUACGAGGCGCCUCCAUCCUUACUGGGUCACCAAAACACUGAGGAAUAACCAUAAUUACAGCCUUCACCCACAACUGACCCUCGCUCAGUCACGGGCCCACACAGCGUGAACUGAGGUCCUGAGGUUCUGGGAAAUCUCGUUGGAACCACUUGGUCAUAAGCAAAUCCUGUGAAGGCACAAGCAAGGACUGGGAGGAGCCAAGGACUAGCAGUCUGGAUCUUAGAAACCCGACAUUAAGUGGGAUUGCAGUAUCAAUUGCUGGUUCAGCACCAUGGGAUCGCAAUCAAUGACAUAAUCAGUCUGUGAUUGGUCAGGCAUGAUAACCCCACCCACCAAUUGUUCUCUCAUCAUUAUUUAAUUUAAACAAUUUUUGUAUUGUACUGUGCAUCAUGUGCCAAUGUAUGUGAAACCAGAAUCAUAUUAACUGUUGUGUUGUUCCUUCCAGGCUUUGCAUUUGGUAAGUAUCCUGAUUAGAGGACACAUGCUAUUUCCCAGGCGCGAGCAGUAGCUGUUGAGUCUGUAAUGUAGUUUCGUAGCAUGAUGACAACAUCACCCCCUUUGCCUCGUCUCUCUGCUGCCCAUGAGGUUCCACGUGGGCCGGCUGCCGUUCCCGGUUCUUUACAGGGCUGGUUACUCAGACCAUGCUACCUCACCACCCAGCUCUGGGUGCAAAUCAAUGUUUCUACACCGUUUUCCAAUGGUCCCGGCCACAGAGACGCUCUUGGAACAGCCAAUCAGAAUACUACAAGGAGUAACGAUAAUGAACACAAGCAGGAGGCAAAGUGGGCAGAUAUAUAGUUGCCCUCCCCCACAACAGCCACUCUUUGCAAAGACAGAGCCCCACGAAACCUCUUACGCUCAACCCAGAAACCUUCCUAUGUCCUGACAUUGUCCUUGUCUAUUACCCCAAGCCUGCUCCUCUGCUUGUACUCUAAUGUCUUGACCAGUGUUGGGACUCGGAGCAGUGGGACACCCCCAGGAGCUCUAAACGCCUGCUCAUUCUCAUCCCAUAGGACCAGGUGGCCAAGGACAAGGCCCUCCAGAGCAUGGCCACCAUGUCCUCUGCCCAGAUCAUUUCCGCCACCGCCUUCCAGAACAAGAUGGCACUGCAGGGGCUGGCAAGGCCCGCCUACCCCACAGCGGCUGGGUUCUGGCAUGGACCUCUUCCAGGGCAGCCCGGUCCUGAAGACGUCAAGCCCUUUUCCCAACAGAACUACGCCAUCCCAGCCCCCGGCCCGCCCCCCAUAACAGGUUACGAGAGCACAGCAGGCCUCUCCACGUCAGCCAGCGCCCCACCCUGGCAGGGCCGCAGCAUCGCAAGCUCCAAGCUCCGUAUGCUGGAGUUCUCCGCCUUCUUGGAGCAUCAGCAGGACCCUGAGACCUACAAUAAGCACCUGUUUGUGCACAUCGGCCAGUCAAACCCUACUUUCAGCGACCCGUACCUAGAGGCUGUGGAUAUCAGGCAGAUCUACGACAAGUUCCCCGAGAAGAAGGGCGGACUCAAGGAGCUGUUUGAGAAGGGUCCUGCGGAGGCCUUCUUCCUGGUCAAGUUCUGGGCAGACCUAAGCACCAACCUUCAGGAUGACAGCAACUCCUUCUAUGGUGUCUCCAGCCAGUACGAGAGCUCUGAGAACAUGAUCAUCACCUCAUCCACCAAAGUGUGCUCCUUCGGCAAGCAGGUGGUGGAGAAGGUGGAGACGGAGUACGCCCGCUUUGAGAACAGCCGCUACAUCUUCCGCAUCCACCGCUCGCCGCUGUGCGAGUACAUGAUCAACUUCAUCCACAAGCUGAAGCACCUGCCAGAGAAGUACAUGAUGAACAGCGUUCUGGAGAACUUCACCAUUCUGCAGGUGGUGACAAACCGGGACACCCUUGAGACCCUGCUGUGCGUCGCCUACGUUUUUGAGGUUUCGGCCAGCGAGCACGGCGCUCAGCACCACAUCUACAGACUCGUGAAAGACUGAGGCAUCGUGGGAAGAGUGAC